UCACCAAGACAUCCACUUCCGGUUCAAAAUGGCACUGGGACUCCCGAAAUUUGUAGAUCAAAUAAAACCUUUUUUACAUCCCCAUUUCGUCGUAAACAUCAUAUUAAGUGUUCUGUUUGUAUGUUUGAAAUCUACUCCAUGGAUCUGUAGCUGGUUAUUUACAUCUUGUGAAUUAGAAUACAAUGAGUGGCAAGUGGUCACAUUCCUGGGUUGUGUCGUGGUGCUAAAGAACAGAAAGAUGUCUACACCAAAACAGUACCUGUCUUCUCUGUGUAUGUUCUUCAAAGCUACAUCGAUUUAUCUAUUCUUCACAAACCACCCACCAAUGGCAUUUGGUUACAUGUUGCUUUGUAUAUUGCACUUAGUCUUCCUGCCAGAACCUGUCUAUUCAGGCCCAGAGAAAGUCACCUACUUCAGAGGUCCACAUUUAGAGGAUGAGCUUAACAGUGACAAAAGAGUAACAUGGGUUAUAGAAUGGUACGCUGCAUGGUCGCCUCCUUGCGUCAACUUCUCAGAAAUAUUCUCUAAAAUCUCAGAAAAGUACAGUUUAGAUAAUCUCAGGUUUGGCAAGAUAGAUGCCAGCAGAUAUGAAGCAGUUGCUAAAAGGUAUGGGGUAAACACUGCCCCCUGGUCUAAACAGCUACCUUCAUGUGUUGUCUAUCAGGGAGGCAAGGAGAAGGACAGAGUUCCACUAAUAGAUCCUGUAAAAAAGAAAGUCUACAGAUUUCUCUUCACCGAGGAAAAUGUGAUCAGAGAUCUAGGAUUAAAUGAACUUUACAACCAAUGCAAGCUAAAUCCACUUAAGAAACGAUCAAAACAUAAAGAAACUGAAGACAAUGAUGAUGGGGAUAAGCAGAAGACGGAAUAGCUCAAAUCUUAGAUACAGUGUAUAAUGUUCAAUGUGAAUGAGGAUAAACAGAAGAUGGAAUAGCUCAAAUCUUAGAUAAAAGGCGCCCAGUGUUCAAUGUGAUUGUUGUAAUGAGACAUUUAAACAUGUAUAGAAUAACCAUGGGCCCAGGAACAUGAAUAGUUAAUGCAAGAUCGAUGUUUGUCCAAUCGGUCGAGUCUCAAAGUCUUAAGUAGAAAAGAUUUUUUCUUAAGGGACGCGGAGUCAAUUUAUUUUUCAUAUAUGUUUCUGGGCUUAUGAGAGUAAUAGUAUUCAGUAUUAAGUCCCAAAUAAUGCCUUGGUCACAUUUGCUCC